UUAAAGUGGAUUAAAGAAAGGAAAACAAGGAUCUUUAAAUAAUUUACAUGUAAUGUUUAUUUAAUAUAGUUUACAUUUUUAUAAUAGAUAAAUGACAUGGCCACGAAAAAAAUGUCUUUGUCUCAAAACAAACAGUCAUCACUUAUGAAUUUUGUAAAAAAAACCAGUCGGGAAUCUUCUCGGAAUAGUAGUCCGACUCCAAGCGGUGACAAUGAGCAUGUCUCAGAAAAGAAAUCCAAAUUUGUAUGGAAAUCCAAGUCCACUCCCGCUUCUAAUACUUGGACACCACCAUUCAAACAGAAUCCUGUUGGUAUUUCAUCAAAUCAAGCCCCUCCUAGACAGAAACACAUAUUGCCUGUAACUCCAAUAGUUAACACUCCUCCUUCAGCUUUCAACCAGUCUCUGAAAUCAAAUGUCCCAUGUGACAAAAGCAAUGAUUUGUUUGCUAUGGAUGUGGAUGACUCUAUGGACUUUCUUGAAACGAAUAUAACAAAAAAUAAAAGCCAAUCACCAAAAGAGACCAACAGAUCUAUCAGAAUCAGUUCCAGCCCUUCGCCCACUAAACAUGAACACAAAUCGGAAACUAGGGACAAGUCUGUAGAAAACAAGAAAGUUUGCAGAACCCCAGACAAAACGAGUCCUAAGAAAGAUAGAGACCCGCUGAAGAAUCUUAAACUGGAUUGUUCAAUAUCGGGUUACUUGCAGAAGAUUAGUCAUCAUCCGGCUUUGAAGAAAGCUAGUGAGGACCGUAGCCUCCAAACAAGAGACCGAGAAGACUGCAAAAACAUGUACAUAGAACUGUUAGAAAAAAUAGCCGACGCGUUUGACAGAAUACCAAACUGCAUUAAAGAAAAAUUCCCCGGCUACGAGAACAAAACUUACGCUAAAAUGAAACAGUUGAAAUCAAAACUAAAGGCAGCUAUGGCGGAGGCACCUGAUGAUUCGACUCAGUCCUACUUAGAUAGUCAACCUAGUACUAGUAAAUGUAAUACACAAGUAAAUGGUCGCGGAAGUCCAUCACUACUUGGUGAUUAUGAUGACCUAAACGAUUUCCAAAUGCCAGGAAACAAACUCCUAAAUGGGGAAAGACCUGUUCUGACAUCUGAUACCUCAACUCCAGAAUUUACAUUUAAUAAAGCAGCCCCAAAUAAAACAAUAUAUUCCGACUUAAUGGCUAAGAAAUCUCUAUCUUUUGAAGCGUUUUCGCCUACAACAGGAAAUGAAAGCGUCCAAUCAGAUGUAGAGAGUUUAGAUACGUCUGAAACAAAUAAAAGUAGAGGGAAAUUUGUAUUUAAGAAACCUUCUAGACUUAGUGAAGAUAAUAAUACAAACAGAGAUGUACCUUCAAAGACUUUAGAAAGGUUUAAACACGCAUCCGAAAAGCUAAAGCCGGUAAUAACUGAAGAACCUCCAAAAUACGUGCCAGUAGCUAACAGCUCAGUUGGUUUCCAAGCCCCUGAGUUAAGUAAGAAUCUGUCAAGCUUUAGUAAACCUUGCACGGCCGUUUCGCCCAUUAUAAAAGAGCCAGUUCAAGACUAUGAUGAAAACGAUUAUGAGAUACCUUUAGACAUGGAUGAUGACACGGAUAUUAUUCCGGAAAGUUCUAAAGCCAGUGUGAUCAAUAUAAGUGACUCUGAGCAAAGUAUAAGUAAUAGCCAGAUUGUGAAUGGUAAAGAGGUUGCAGUAGAUGAAGACGGUUGGCCGGAGUACAGGCUGGAGGACUUUGAGGACGACAUGGAUAUAGCUCUGACGACGGAACCGGAAGUCGUCAGGUUGAUGGAAAACUCGACCUUGGAGACGGAGACGCCUAAGUAUAAGGGCAUGGGAAAUUUCCAUGAGGGGACGCAAAAUGAUGGAAUUACGGGCGAGUUCGACGGCAUGGACUACCCCCACUCGUCGCUCAUGAUGGAGAUGUUCAGCGAGAAGUUCGGUUUGCGCUCCUUCCGGCCAAACCAGCUGCAAGUGAUCAACGCCACUUUGCUGGGCCACGACUGUUUUGUGCUCAUGCCUACGGGUGGAGGUAAAUCGCUGUGUUAUCAACUGCCUGCUAUUUUGACGCCGGGCGUCACCAUCGUCAUAUCGCCCCUGAAAUCGCUUAUUUUGGACCAAGUCAACAAGCUGCUUUCUCUAGAUAUCCCAGCGGCCCAUCUCUCCGGCGACGUGUCCCUGGCCCAAGUGGACGAGAUAUACCACAAGCUGUCUCUACGGGAGCCACUCAUCAAGCUGCUCUACGUGACUCCUGAGAAGAUCAGCAGCUCCCCCAAGUUCCAGAGCAUGCUGGACGCGCUGUACUCGCGGGACAAGCUGGCCAGAUUCGUGAUUGACGAAGCGCACUGCGUCUCCCAGUGGGGUCACGAUUUCCGGCCGGACUACAAACGGCUGUUCAUGCUUCGAGAGCGCUUCCCGACUACCAACAUAAUGGCAUUGACAGCGACAGCCACGCCGAGGGUGCGCAUGGACAUUCUGCACCAGCUAAAGGUGUCGAAAUGCAAGUGGUUCCUGUGCUCGUUCAACCGGCCGAACCUGGCCUACCGCAUCCUCGAGAAGAAGCCCAAAAACGUGAACCAGGACGUCGCUAACAUCAUUAAGGAGAAGUUCUUCAGUGACUCGGGCAUAGUAUAUUGCCUGUCGCGCAAAGAGUGCGAGACUCUAUCCGGAGACCUUCGUAAAGUGGGCAUUCAGGCUGCGCCUUACCACGCCGGUCUACCAGAUAAAAAGAGAGAGCAGGUGCAAGCGGGAUGGGUAGCUGACAAGUAUAAAGUGAUCUGUGCAACAAUCGCGUUCGGAAUGGGCGUUGACAAGGCGGACGUGCGCUACGUGAUCCACCACAGUAUGCCGAAAUCAGUAGAGGGAUAUUACCAAGAGGCCGGUCGCGCGGGCCGCGACGGAGAGCUGGCUACGUGCCUACUGUACUAUUCAUACUGUGACGUGGCGCGUUAUCGCAGACUACUAGACAUGGAACGUAACACCACGCCGGAGGCGAAGCGAGUCCACGUCGAGAAUCUAUUGCGAAUGGUGGAGGUUUGCGAGAGCGUCACCGAGUGCCGACGCGCGCAGGUGCUGGGAUACUUGGGUGAGCGCUUCAGCCGCGCCGAGUGCGCCGCGUACAAGGCGGCCGCCUGCGACAACUGUCUACAGGCUGCUGAUUAUAAGCCUGUCGACGUAACAGAAGAGUGCAAGCUCAUCGUUCGUUGCAUCCGCAACGCAACUGCAGGUCGCGCCUCAUUCACCUUGCUGCACAUCGCGGAUGCGCUUCGAGGGUCCAUGCAGCAGAGGAUACAGUCCUUGCACAAGAGCCCUAUGCACGGACGAUGCAAGUCAUGGCAGCGCGGCGACCCGCUCCGCCUGCUGCGGCAGAUGGUGGUGCGCUCGCUGCUGGCCGAGAAACUGGUGGUCAACAACGACAUCGCCAGCGCCUACGUCGUGCUCGGACCCGCUGUUGACAAGUUAAUGUCUGGCAACGUUAGAGUAGUGUUCCCCAUGAAGGUGGAGAAGAAACCCAAGCUGACGGUGACCACCGCCGCGCCCGCCGCCAAGGCCGACACGCCCAUCAACGCGCUCAUCAAGAGGAUCGAGGAGAGAUGCUACGCGGACCUCGUCGAGGCCUGCCGGGAAAUGGCGGAAGCCCGGGGCACAUCUCUAAUCGCAGUAAUGCCUCUGGCCGGCUUAAAGGCCAUGUCCACCCGGCUACCAGAGUCGCCGGACGACAUGCUGUCUCUACCGCACGUCACCCGCGCCAACUACGACAAGUAUGGCGCGGAACUGCUCAAGAUUACAUCAGCCUACGCCGUGGAGAAGAUGGGCCUUCUCAUGCAGUAUCAAGACGAGCUAGAAGAAGAGAAGCCCGCCGAGGAUGACUUCGCUGAGGGCACAGACUCAGAAACAGACUGGGGCAGCCUGGCCAAAGGAGCCAGCCACGAUGCCAGCACCUCCAGCACCAGGAGUAGAGGACGCGGGAGGAGCUUCACUAGGGGAGUCAAGAAGAGGUUUAAGAAGAAACGAACAGCGUCCGCAGCGAAGACGAAAGCCGCGCGGGGCGCUUAUGCGGCGCGCGGGCGGGGCGGCGCCCCCGGAGCCCGGGGCGGCGCCCCCGGAGCCCGGGGCGGCGCCGGCGCGAGCGGCGCUACCAAGGCCGCGCCGGCCUGGAAGUCCUCAGCGGGCAACAAGCUGGGCAGCAUGCCGGUGCCGCGCGCCAACACCGUGCUCAACACCAGACCCGGCGUCUUCAACCCCUCCAAGCUCAACUUGCUUUAGACGCCAAUCUGGACUUUAUGUGCACCGAAUACGGCUCACAAUUGGUUGAACUUAACACGAGACCAAGCCUUUCACUCCUUCAUACUCGACGUGCUACAUACGCCAAUUUAGCCAAAUUCACACACAAUCAGACAAAUUGACAAUCUGAUGAGAUGCUAGCUGCGUGGUGAAAAUCGACUUUAUGUGCAUUGUCUAGAAUUGACGGUUGAAUAAAAUAAAGGUACGAUCUCGAUAUCAAACUAAAGUAACAGAUGAAGUAGCAACUAUUUGCUCUACCGUGAAACAUUGCCAAAAGUAAAUGCAGACUGACUAAAGCUCAAGAUGAAAUUGUACAUUCAAUUUACAGUAGACCACAAACUCGUCACUAAUGUUGAUUUGAUGUCUUAAAAUCUACGUAACACGUUAGAUAGUGCCUUAUUUAUUACGAAUUAAGGACUUAAAUAAUAUUCUUUUGUGUGAUUAUUUAUUUAGACCUGAAACAGUCUAUAUUUCUAGACGUCAAAGGUGUCACUGUAAAAAAAUUCUUUGUUUUUGCUUAAGGUUGAAAAUUCAGUGAAUUAUUAUUUAAAAAAUGUCAAUAUAUGUAGAUCGCAAAAUUACUUAAAUCAUCAGCAUAAAGAAUAAAACAGAUUACCUCAUUUUAAAUUGUCUAAAAGUAAGAUUAUAAUUUUAAUCAAUUUACUGGGCAGUUUUAGAUCCCGUGUCGUUGUAUAGUCGAGUUCAUAAAUAUGUAUACUUUUGUUCACCUUAAUCCAUUGCAAUAAGGUGAAAAAAUGUGUACAUAUUUAUGAACGACUAUACUAAUGCUUGUAUUUCAUCAUGCUAAACCAAAAUAAGUAUCUGAUCGGCUAGCAUGAUUUGCAUCCUCGCGAGCGGCUCCAUGCUAGCUUGCAAACAUGCUAGGCGGUCUGAUUAUAGUAGUAUUAUCGACUAUCGUAUACGUACUUGAUGUGAUACAGCUCAUACCUACAGCCCAAUAUUGUCGAAUUUAAACUGUUGUGAGACAUACUAACAUUAAAUAAUUUCACGGUUUAGACUCACUUGUUUUAGUCACUCGCGCGACAUGUUUCGGAGAGCCUAGGUCUCCUUUGUCAAGCACUAAUAGUGCGAGCAGCGUUCACGACGACCGUGUAUUGCGUACUGCCGCGCGCCUCGUCGCUCGCUGCGCGCGCGCCGAGAAACAAGUGAGUCUAAACGUGAAAUUAUUUAAAGCCCAAUAUUGACUUAUUUUUAAUUCUGUUAAUAAUGUAUUAUUUUUCCCACCAAUGAUAAUGAUACAAAAUGCCAGUGUUAGAGUCUGUGCGGAAA